GUUUUUAAUAGUCAAAUUUGACCUAGUAAACAACCGGUCUAUCAUGUUGGUCAUUCAAUGGAACUCCAGUUUUUAUUGGGUUGUAAACAUUUAAGUUCGUGCUCCUCGUUAUUGGUUAUUGUUCCUUAUUAUUUAUCUCUCCCAUUAAAAGUCAGGUUUCCCAGUUGUUGCCAUCACCCAUCGAGGUGUUUGGGUGUUUCUGUCGGUGUGGUGCUAGGAGUUUAGCGGGUGCUCGUGAACAAUGUGCCCGACUCGACUCGACGCCUGAACGCCGCAGUCAGUCGACUUUGAUUUCGUUUCCACGGAAAACAGUCACUUGAAUCGCCUUUUCCAGUCUUGGAUCACCCUAAAAAUACGUGUCCUGUUCCUAUUUCCGCCUGUGGCCUCAGGCUUAACGAUCAGUGUGCUAGUUGCGGUGCAAGAAGUUAUUAUUAGCUUCGCGUUCGGCCGCUCGGGGGCGAGAAGACAUGUUGGAUAGUUGAUGCCAGAUUUUCGCACGAUAUGGCGAAUAAAAGAUGAAUUAUUUUUCGCCGCUCUUCUCUUGAAACAGCGCUAUGUUAAAGUCCACUCAUGAUUUUUAUCAUGAUUUAGAGGCGCAGAGGCUGCUAUCAGCUCGGGGAUGAGUGCUUGUCCAGCAAAUGACAACAGUAGCACUGGGCCCAUCACUGUCAGUGAUGCAUGCUCCAUUUUGCCAGAGAGUGAAAAUGGAGAACUUGUGUCAAGUAUUCCAUCUGUGCCUCCUGUGGACCAAGCUGCUGUUGCCCAAGAUCCACCAGAAGUUCUUGGCUCCGUUGUGCAAAGUCAAGAAUUGGAAAAUGGAGACAAGAAUAGUUCAGUUCAGCUUCGCACUAGCGCACGUGUGUCAAAGAAAAUGCGAUUGGACGUUAUUGCUAAUCAGACUCCACCUGAAAGAAAAGAUGUUCCUAAGGAGGAAGACAAGCUUGAUGUUAAACAGAGAAGACCCUUUGAGCUGUGGCCUCAGGAGGACAAGAACACCUUCUUUGAAGCUUUAAAUGAAUUUGGAAAGGACUUUGAUGCUAUUCAAAGAUAUUUUGAGGCCAAAGCAAAGCGUAAAAAUAUUACAGAACACACAGUUAAGAACAAAGAGCAGAUAAGACAUUUCUAUUAUAGAACAUGGCACAUAUCCAAACAUUUGCGCUUUCCUGAAGAAGUGAAGAAAGCAACUCAAGAAUUGUAUGGACUUAUUAACUUUGGAGAGUUACGAAAGAAAAUUGGAAGUGUGUCGGAGAAAACUAGCUUGAAACUUAAUGAACUAAUUUACAGGGGCUUCACUACCAUUCGAGUGAGAGGCAAAGGAAUAAGAGUCAAAACCCCCAUUUGUCGAGCUUUGCGCAAGCUAAACCAACAGGAAGACCUAGCAGAAGAUUUGAAGCUCCCGACUAGAGUUACUGUUGAACUUAGACCCAGAACAAAUGAAGCAUGGGCUCGAGUCCAAGCAACAGCCCAAAAUCCUAGGGUUCAAACUCUGCUUCCUCUACAAAGGCGUUUGUCAAGUCUUCUUAGUUUCCUUGAGCAGCGAUGGCAGCCACACUCACUCAAACACUGUGAGCGUCUUCAGUCUCAACUUAAUGAGGUGACUGCCAAUAUGGAGUGUAUCAAUGAGACUCUGUCAUUGAAUGUAAAUGUGGAUGCGGGAGCCUCAAAUGUGUUGGUUCCCAAUGAUGGAAAACGUGGAAAUACAGACUCUACCAACACAUCUAAAAGCCCAAACAUAAAGAACGAAGUUCAAAAACAAUAUGUUUUACGAUUUGCUCCUAAAUCUGAUUCCACUAUAAUGCCAAUUACUAUAAACCUAAGCGAAUUUACAAGCAGUCGCUUAAGCCUCAACUCUCAUGAAGGAAGAUUAGGAAAUCAUGGUGCUGAACAACUCUUCAAUUCCAUGUUACAUGCCAGCACUAAAGGGUGUGGAAGAAGAGGAACAAAACGCCAGCGCAAUGACAGCUCUAGUGAGAAGAAAAAAGAGCUACUUUUACCUCAGCCGCAACUUGAUUCCUCACCCGAAAAAUCAAAGGAUGGUUCUCAGUCGGGUAUUUUCACCCCUUCUGAGAAUGAAGAUGCUAAACCGUCUUGUGCUUUUCGCUUGUUUGGAAGUGGCAUUAGUUUGGAUCCCAGCAGCAACAGUGCAGACUCAGGUCAUGGAGACAAAGCCAAUGGAGAUGUAGGAACUUCGAGCAGUAAGAUCAUGCAGCAUAAAGAUGAUAAUAUUAAUGUGCCUACUGGAGGUAGUUCUCUAGACAAUGGUCAUGCAAGCGGCAACCAACAACCAUCUACGUUGCGAAGCCCAGCAGCGGAGUCAAAUGAGGAAAUCAUCAAAAGAGUACGUGCGGGGUGGACUAGAGACUCUGCAAAUGCUAUUACGAUCGGUGAGCUGUAUCUGAUGUUUGGUGCAGAUUCCAAAAUUAAAAUGGAGUAUUGGUGGGAGGAGAGGCAGGAUACAGCUAGCAAAGAAACCUCGUCCUCAUCUGCUACACUUUCUGAGGGACCCUCUUCACAGGAACUAUCCAAUUCACCUCCUCCAAAGGCCCCUAACAAUCAACUCAGCCAAGCCCUUCAAAAACUAUUGUCAAUAUCCAAAAUGUAUAGCUCUCAAGCCAAGUGUCCCUGUGGCCAUGUCUGCAAUGGCACCCCAAAAUCAACUGUACCUAAAGCGAAAGUUGCUCGGCCAUUGCGUGUGAACACUGAGGUUGAUAAAAUAAUCAAAACUGAAAUUCCACUUGAAAUUCCUAAUGGAGUUGUGAAAAUAAGUCCACCUUCUACGAAUGAUGGUCCAUUCCGAAGACCUUUGAUGCCCUCGCCUCAUUUCAAGCCGCCUCCCAGACCUGGAACUGCUGACGCAUUCAAGGCCCAAUUAGAUAAAUUCCGACCCAGAGGUUGCAACAGGCGAGGUAGGCCAGUUUCGGUGAAGAAGAAUGUUGUUGUGCCCAGAAUGCUGCCUCUGCUACCUAAAGCUCCGCAGACUUCAGUUGUCACUUUUCAGGUAUGUGUUGUUAUUUACUCCAAUGAUGGGAGAUUUCAUCCCAUCGCUCAGUCUCCCAGCAUUCUUAACUUUACUCCUACAAGUUCACCAAAUAUUCUGCAAUCACCAAUGCCACAGUUUGCUCAUAAAAUUUCUGAAGCCCAAACUAUUCAAACCUCAUCCUCCAAGACUAUUGUUUCAUCAACUUGCAAACCUAACUCUUCAGGAGCAGACAUUGAGAUUUCUAUGCCUAAUUUGUGUGAUGGUGAGUUUCUUGUUUCAUUUAUGUACUCUGUGUUUGUCACUUGAUUGUCAAUAAUCUGUUCUGUUCUGUUCCUAGAAAAACCAAUUGUGAUCAAAGAAGACAAUGAGCACCAAUCCCGCCAUCUUGUCCAGGAUCUCUUCCCUCCCACACUAGAUACUCCUGUGAACUCUCCACCAAGUAUUUCAAGCCUUCUGGAUCUGUCUCUGCCUAGUGAGCUAGGCCUUACAUCCAGCCCAAUAAUGGAGACAAACUUCACUGGGUUGUUGUCAAGUACAGGAGUGUCAUCUCCACCGCCACCCAGUCCUGCUACUAUGCUGAAGGAAGAUGAGAACCAGUGGCUCAACUCAGAGGAUUUUUCUCUGAGCAGUUUCUUGGGACAUUUGGAAUCCCCGAUGAAGUCAACUUCGGAGCCAUUACAAGGCAAUACUGAACAAACCUCAAUAGCAUCUGAUGUGGAAACACACAUGCAAUGCCUUAUGACUGAGAACAGUUUUGAUUAUGUUGCCAAGUUUGCUGAUCUUGCUGCUCAAAUGGCAUCUGAUGGAGGAGGCAAAAGCUGAAUAUGCUAUGGAGUAUACAGUCUAGUCAAGUCCGAAAGCUUCCCAACCUUGUCUGUCCUCCCUUUUCCCCAGAUGUGUUGGUGCCUUUUUUCUACCAUUACUGAAAACCUCUUUGUUUGGUCUGUACCUACUCCUUUUAUUGAAAGAUGACCAAAUAUAGAAUAACAUUUUGAUGCGAAAGUUCCAUCAAUACUUCUAAAUGUCUUGCAUACUUUUGAGAAAUCUCUCAAGACCAACAUCUUGAAUUUUAGUGUAUAGUGUUUGAAAGUGACAAUAACUUCCCUGUUUUUUUUUUCUCUUUUUUGUAAGUUUUAACUAUUAUUAGUGUGGCCAUCUCAAUUAAUUUUAAAAAAACUAGUUUUUUCCCCCAAUAUUUUUUAAAACUAAUCUUGUGCUGUUUUAGUUAUAUAAUCGACUUUCUCCUUCUUAUUUUUUUUCUUUUUUCUAAACCAAUAUGAUCAAAAUUAUUGGUGUUUUCUGAUGUUUUGUUGUCUUUAAUACAUAUUGUGUGUUGGUGAAAGAAACCACAGGUUGGAUAUUCUCCAAUAGAAGGUCUUGGUUCAUUAUUUAUUAGUUUGUACAGGUGUUUGGAGCAAAUGUUAGGUUGUUAGAGUGAGUACUCGGACUGUAGCAGAUCAGAAUUAUACUUAAGGAAGUAAUUCUAGUACCUGUUUGAUUUGUUUACAUAUUCUUUUACGUAGAAUGUACAGUAUGUAUGAUUCUGUUUUGAGGAAGACUUUUUGCUGAGAACUUGUGACUUCACCACAUCUGUGAUAUUGUGUGCGAAUUUGCUAAUGAUCAUGAUGGGCAGGAUUCUUAAAUAGUAUAGUGUUUACUAUUUGGUUUUGGUUUGUCUUUGCCAGAUAAGCACUUUUUAAGAAAACAUUUCAAAAUUGAGCUCAGUAUUGAGCUCAAUCUUGCCAUUCUUUCACUUUAAUGGUGUGGAAAUUUGCAUUUCAAAUUUUGCCAUGUUCUCAUUGAUAGUCAACAAAACCUAUUAUCACGUAGGACUUUAGAGGGGCCAAAGUAGCAAUUCUAUACUGGUGGGUUUGAAACAAAUGCAUGUUUGAUACAAAUUGGUUUUACUGCUAUCUCAGUGCACAAAUUGUUUCUCCUUUUUGUUAGGACAUACCAUAGACUAAGGCACAUGAGUGAGUCAGUAGCAUGUUCCUUUUAAGCUGUCAAAGAUUUGUUUUCAUAAGCUUCUACAGUUUCUCACUGACAAUGACUGGCUUGAUUGGAGGUGGACCAGAACUUUGUGAGUUACUAACAAACAAACAAAGAAAACCCAAUUUUUUGAAAAACGAAAAGUAACAAUCUGUAUGUUUAAUGAAUGUGUACUUUGACUUAGGGUUUAAGAGUAGUAUUUUGGAUGUUGAAAAAAGCUGCUGUUAUGUGUACAAUUCUUAUGUUACAACUUGUGCUAUGAUGUCUGUUAAGCAUUUUAAUUUAGUUUUACACAUGCCUGUUUUGAUGCUGUUGGCACUGGUUCAACUACAUAUACUUAGAAUUGGUAAUCAAUGGGAUAUUUACAUCAGUUUAGUGAAAGUCACAAAUAAUCACAAGUGUGAAAUGCAGGUGCUUACGCUGCAUUCUGCUGGAGAGUGCUGUUAUUGGUGUUUAAUUUCUUUACUAGUGCUGUUAAGAUGACAAAGUGAUAUGCAAGAAGUGAUAUGAUUUGAGUAGAAUGUUUUGAAAUUAAUAGAUGUGUAGCACCAUAUGGAUGGUAUUGGAUGACAUGACUGUACUGGUCACAUUUUGAAGUUGGCUCAUAUUAUUAAAAAAAAACAAUGAUCACA